AUGUUUAGACAACCACUCAUUCGCAAAAUUCCAGCAAAAUUCGAAGCGCUUCCACCCUGCAAUCUACCUGUGGACAUGGGUAGAACAUACUGCAAUAAUAAUCCUUCUAUAAGAUACUUUUUUGAUGCGGAAACUGUGGAAUGUUUCCCAUUCAAAUACAGUGGAUGUGGUGGGAAUGGAAAUAACUUCAAAACAUCUCGUGAUUGCUACGAUAAGUGCGAACCGCAAGGUUUCCUGAAAUGCCCUGCCAACAGUCCUCCUGUAACGACAUGCAACGAAACAAUGAUAUGUCCGAAAGGAACAAGGUGCACUCUUGGAUUUGCGUUUGGAUUAUGUUGCGAUAGUGAAAUUGACAGGCAAGUUGAGUCGGACUAUCAUCCAAACUGUGGGCAAAGAAAGGUUGUCAACACCUAUUUACCUGGAUUCCCUGAUUUCCCUGUACGUUACGCUUCAUCCUAG